AUGCCAAUACCAGCAAUGAAGAAAAUUGAGCGUAGCAAACCCACGAAAAUUGCACAGCUGGCACCAAAUCUGCGAAAAACGACAAGCAAUAAUUACACUGCAUCCUCCACUAACAAAUCACCGGCUAAGAAACACGUUGCCAUAGCGCCACGCACACCUGAAAUGAAGCAGCAACAGCAGCAGCAACAACUUACAACCACUUUGAUACGGCGCGGCCGCCAACGAGGCAUGAGGCCAGCCUACAGAUCAAAGUUAUUUUCUCAAGCUGACGACUUCAUCAAAUCUCAUCAACGCUCUCCACUCUCAAUCACUUUGACAUGGCGCGGCCGCCAACGAGGCAUACGGCCAGCCUGCACGUCAAAGUUUUUUAAAUCCUGUAUCGCUUGCCAAUUGUCUAAAGUUAACCGACACACCAAGUCACCUUUAGGUUGUUUCGCAGGCGUAGAUGAGCGUUUCCAACAUGUGCAUAUGGACAUCAUCGGACCACUACCACUGUCGCAGGGUAAAAGAUACUGUGUGACGUGCAUCGAUCGUUUUUCACGAUGGCCCGUGGUGAUUCCUGUUUCAGACAUGACGACCGAAGUCAUUGCCGGCGCGUUUAUCGAAGGAUGGGUAGCACAGUAUGGUGUUCCUCAUAUUAUCACGACUGAUUUAGGACGUCAGUUUGAAUCAACGAUCUUCCGAGAGUUGUCCAGACUAUUGGGUAUCAAGCAUAUUCACACCACAGCAUAUCACCCCCAAGCGAAUGGGAUGGUUGAACGUAUGCAUAGGACGUUGAAGGCUGCUUUGCGAUGCCAUAAUUCUAAUGACUGGACGCGCACACUCCCAUUGAUUCUGCUGGGGUUACGGACUUCCCCAAAGGAAGAUCUAGGCGUCAGUUCCGCUGAAAUGUUGUACGGAAACCCGUUACGUGUUCCAGGACAGCUGUUGUCACAGAAAUGCCAAAAGCCAGGUGAAACCGAUUUCGUUUCAUCACUUCGUAAUGCAUUGGCUCAACUGAAGACAAUCAAUGGCAGUAGACACGGGCAUCACCCAGUCUAUGUUCCGAAUGACCUCCUAACCAGCAAGUUUGUGUUCGUGCGUGUCGAUCGGGUGAGAGCUCCAUUGGAACAGCCGUAUGAAGGUCCGUUUCAAGUUCUUCAACGAGAUGAAAAAUAUUUCGUAAUUAACAGAAGAGGGAGCAGGUGCACCAUCGCGUUAGACAGAUUAAAACCAGCUUAUUUGACUAACGAUGAACUUACCGGCAAGCAGUUUUCGCCACUUCCUUUAGUCAAUCAUGAGCGGAAACAAGCAUCCGAGAAGAAGGUUCUUAAACCGUCGGCCGUUUCUUCAAAGGUUUCGCGUUCUGGCCGAACAGUGCAUUUCCCAGCGAAGUUGUGUGACUACCGCGAGUAA